CGAUGAAAUUUGAUCCUGAUCCUGUCUUAACCUGGAAAGAUACAGAAAAGCUCUCGAAUCUCUCAGCAAAAUCUCUCGGACGUCCUUUGUGUUGGUUGCUAGAUUUGUCUUGUGAUUUGUCCGAAUUUUUACGGAUUUUUAGUGUUAUUACGCCAUCAAAAGAUGAGUUUGUAGUACUAAGGAUAUCUAACUGCACUGAGGAAUGUUCACAAUUACAAGAGUGGUUGUGAAUGAAUGUUUUUCUUUGGAUUUAGGUGUAAAUAAAAUGUUGGUUUUGUACGCUUUCAUGAGUACAUAUAUAUAUAUAUUGCUUUGUUGAAUGAUGGUGUUGUUGAUAGAUUACACCAUAUUAGAAGGAAGCAUGGAUACACAUAGGAAUGGCGGCAGCGAACGCUUGAGGACUGUGUGGACGCCGGAAAUGGAUCGGUAUUUCAUCGAUCUGAUGUUGGAACAAGUUAAGAAAGGCAAUAGAUUUGAUGAUCACUUGUUCAGCAAACGGGCCUGGAAGAGCAUGUCUUUGUCAUUCACCGCAAAGUUCAAGUCCCCUUAUGGCAAAGACGUCUUGAAAAACCGUCACAAGACCCUCAGAAACAUGUAUAAGAUGGUGAAGAUUCUCUUGGAGCAAGAUGGGUUUUGCUGGGAUGAAAGAAAACAGAUGGUGGUCGCUGAUAACGAUCUUUGGGACGAAUAUCUCAAGGUUCACCCGGAUGUGCGUUCUUUAAGAAUAAAGUCGGUACCUUAUUACAGAGACUUGUGUUUGAUAUAUGCCGAUGGAAUGUCUGAGCAGAAGGGUAGGUUUUCUCCACACCGUUGCCAAGGUACAACAAUGGCUUCACCAGAGGAAGAAACUUCUACGGAAACUCUGAUUCAGGGAGGUGAAGGUUACAGAGUUUGUGGAUCAGCUGCCAUUGAUGAUUCUUCACACCUCGUCUCUAAUGCUAAGGGAACUACACGCUCCAGAACAUCUUGGCACCCUCCAAUGGAUCGUUAUUUCAUCGAUCUGAUGCUGGACCAAGUGAGAAGAGGCAACCAGAUUGAAGGGGUCUUCCGGAAACAAGCAUGGACCGAGAUGGUCAAUUCGUUCAAUGCUAAAUUUGAAUCGAACUAUGACGUUGACGUUCUGAAGAAUCGGUACAAGACUCUCAGAAGACAGUAUAACGCAAUCAAGAGUCUUCUUCAAUCAGAUGGGUUCUCUUGGGAUGAUUGUCGCCAGAUGGUUACAGCAGAUGAUUCUCUCUGGCAAGAGUAUAUAAAGGUUCACAAAGAUGCAAGGCAGUUCAUGACUCGACCAAUUCCGUACUACAAAGAUCUCUGUCUUCUCUGUGGUGAAGCAGGCUUUGACGAAAACGACUGCCUUGUCGCCAUUGACUGGUUCGAUCCUGAGACCGAACUCGAAGAACCCAAAUCCCAUGAAACCUCAAACGGGUCUCAGUCACAAGAACCAGCUAUAUCAGCUGAAGAAGGCAACAUCUCUCUGUUGCUCGAUCUGAAGAACAAGAGAGAGCAACUCGACGAUGGCAUAAACCCUAAAAACCCGAAGAAGCAACGCAGAGAUGAAUUGGGAACUGCAGGUUCAUCUUGUACGACGAUAGAGAAUGCAGUAAUGGCCGUUCAAGCUUUACCAGACAUGGACGAAGAUCUUAUACUCGACGCAUGUGAUCUUCUCGAGGAUGAAGUCAAGGCAAAAACUUUCUUGGCUCUUGAUGCCAAACUAAGAAAGAAAUGGUUGUUAAGGAAACUUAGGCCCCAAGCAACCUAGAUCAAGAGCUUCAGACUCAAGUAACUGUAAAAUGCAGAGCCUUGCAAUAUAAACAGAAGAGCUUUCACCUUGUAUUAAUCAAGUUCAAGUGUAAGAGUUAUACA